AACCUCCUUGUGGUCCGUCUUUCAGGUGGGACGUUGUUGUAAGUGACUCUGCAGCUGAUGUAUAGUUCACACACCCUAGUCUCUGAGCUGGUGCGACUCCUUCACAAGGCCCUGGAGGCAGCACAGCAGGAGAAGAGGACCAGCAAACAGUUCCUGGCAGCAGCAGGGGAGCAGGAGCGGCUGGAACUGGUGCGGCACAAAGAGAGGUGUAUCGCGGACCUGGACGGCCGCCUGGAGGCCCUGCUCAAAGACAAGGAGGAGCUGGAGCAGCGGCUGGCCAUGCAGGACUGCCAAGUGAAUGAGCUGCAGCAGCACGUGCAGCUCAUGAUAGAGAAGAACAAUGCCAAGCAGGAAGUCAUCCUCAAGCUCUCCAAGCAGGUGGCCGCCUGCAUGGCUGACCCCCAGCGUACCGUAGCCAACUCCAUGGGCACAGAGACCUUCUGCAGGCUGCAGGAGAAGAUUGAGCACCUCAAGGACGAUAUAGAGGCGCACAAGAUCCAAAACAAGUUCCUCAACUCUGAAAUUUACCAGCUUACUAAGCUGUGGAGGAACAGUUCAGAAGAGGAGAAGGGCCUCCUGAUGAAGUGUGCCUACCUGGAGGCCAAAAACUGCCAGAUUGAGAGCAAGUACCUGGUCGUGCUGCGCAGGCUGCAGGAGAGCAAAGGGCUGGACAGCAGUCAGCAGGAGAUGGUGAAAAGGCUCAUUGAGGACUCACUGCAGGGAGACAAGAAGGAUGGCUUUAAACUCAACCCUGUCAGGUAAGACAGUACUGACAUUUCCAUACCGGGGUUUCACAGCGAAAACUUUUUUCCCCCCGGUUACUUUCUUGUUUUUUUGUUACUAAGUAUAUUCAAAUAUUUAAAAUGCAAUUCUAUUGCUAAACUGAUGAUGUGAUUGCAAGCUACACCAGUUCCAUUUUCAUAUAAUACCCUCAUA